AUGCUUUCGAGCAUCAGUGGCCUGACCAAUACGAUUAUCGGCGCGGGCAUGCUCGCGCUGCCGCACGCAUACGCCAAGAUGGGCUGGCUCCAGGGCUCGCUCUUGGUCGUGCUUUGUGCGGUGGUGACCAACUUUGGUCUCUACCUAAUCAAGCUAUGCGCGGACCGUAUGGACAAGCGCGUGAACAGCUUUUACGAUAUGACGAGCCAAGUGAUGCCGUCGGCCGUGUGGUACUUUGACGCGACGAUCUUUGUCAAGUGCUUUGGCGUCGGUGUCUCGUACUUAAUGAUUAGCGGGAACCUCAUACCGCAGGUCAUCCUGAGCCUUGCGCGCGCGCUGGGAGUUGGUACCAAGAGCGUCCCGAGCUGGCUCCUGAGCACGCCGCUGUGGAUUCUUGUGUGUCUCACGCUGAUGGCGCCGGCAUGCUUCUACCGCAAGCUGGACUCGCUCCGGAUUAUCGGUUACCUGAACAUGGGCGCGGUUGCCUACCUCUUGCUCAUCCUGUUCUACUACUUUGUGAACAGCUCGGCGGCGCACCUGCCGUCGCACGGCGAAAUGGACGCGGUGCUCGUCUCGACCGAUGUCCUGCGCACUUUCCCGAUCAUGGUGUUUGCAUACACCUGUGCGCAGAACAUCCUGCCGGUGUACAACGAGCUGCAACACAGCACCGUGGAGCGCUCGACGCUCGUUACAGUCAUCUCAGUCGGCGCCAGUGCGCUCGUUUACCUUGUCGUGGCGCUCGUGGGCUACGCCACCUUCGGCUCAAACGUGAGCGACAACAUCAUCGCCAUGUACCCCGACACGAAUCUCUUUGUGUGCUUCGGCAAGCUGUCGGUCAUUGCGCUGACGCUCACGAGCUAUCCGAUGCAGCUCUAUCCUUGCCGCGCUAGCCUCCUCAACAUGCUCGAGGUGAACGUCGACGUGCUCUCGGCCACCGAGGCCGAGCAGUCGAUGCUCGGUGCCAGCAGCGGCGAGAUGGACCCGGUGCUCCACCGCGAGAUCGGCGAGCGGCGCUGGACUGUGCUGACGCUUGCGCUGAUGAGCGCCGGCCUGUUUAUCAGCAUGCUGGUCAACGACCUGUCCGUGGUGCUCGGCAUUGUCGGCUCGGUCGGCAGCACAACGAUCAGCUUUAUCCUGCCGGCACUGCUCUAUCGCUCCAUCUUCCGAGAGGAUGCCAAGUCCCCGCUAUACACGGCUGCGACGGCGCUGGGCGUGUGGGGUGCCAUUGUGCUCGUCCUGGCGCUCACGGUGAACAUCUCGAAAAUCUUCCAAGGUUUGUAA